AGAAUGAGAUAUUCCAAGAUAAUAAUGGCCUGUCAGUGCCUCCUUUCGCCCUUCACUACGCCUAUAUUUUGCCUACCGUGUGUUGCGUACGUUCUAUUGGACAAACAUACAAUACAACGAGAUCUACAGCCUCCUUGUCAAGAUGACUGCUCUGAAUGACAACACGCCAAUGGAUCAGAAAGGUCCCUCUGCUAUAUUGGAUUCUACUACAAGCAUGCUGGAGGGACCGAAAAGUGAGAAGGUUAAUUCUUCGCAACAGGAUGUCCCCGAAUAUCCCCCGUUACCGAAGGUUAUCAUGAUCACGAUCGCUUUGUAUCUGGCGAUCUUCCUGGUAGCAUUGGAUCGAACAAUAAUCGCAACGGCAAUUCCCCGGAUAACGGAUACCUUCCACUCCCUCGGCGACAUUGGUUGGUACGGCAGUGCCUACCUACUCACAUGCUGCUCGUUCCAACUCGUCUUCGGCCGGAUAUACACAUUCUACUCCCCGAAAUGGGUAUUCCUGAGUGCCAUCCUCCUCUUUGAAGUCGGCUCAGUAAUCUGCGGGGCCGCGCCAUCCUCAACUGCCUUCAUCGUGGGACGGGCCAUCGCCGGUAUAGGAUCCUCAGGACUAGUCUCUGGCGGCGUGGUGAUCAUCGUGCACAUCGCACCACUACACAAACGACCCAUGUACACAGGCCUCCUCGGCGCCGUCUUCGGCAUUGCCUCCGUCGUCGCCCCCCUAAUGGGCGGCGCCUUCACCGAGAACGUCUCCUGGCGCUGGUGCUUCUACAUCAACCUCCCCAUCGGCGCCGUCACAAUAGCCAUUAUAGCCCUAAUCCUCCACCUCCCAGAACCACCCCACAAAGAUCUCUCAACCCGCGAGCGCCUCGCAAAGCUCGACCCCCUCGGCACAGCGGUCUUCCUCCCCGGAAUGGUCUGCCUCCUCCUAGCCCUCCAAUGGGGCGGCUCAACCUACCCGUGGAGCAGCGGCCGCGUAAUAGCCCUCCUGGUCGUCUCAGCAAUCCUCCUCCUGACCUUCAUCGCCAUCCAAGCCUGGAAACAAGACUCCGCAACAGUGCCCCCCCGCAUCCUCCUCCACCGCUCCAUCCUCUCCGGCUUCUGGUACACCUUCGCCCUCAACGGCGCAAUGCUCGUCAUCCUCUACUACCUCCCCAUCUGGUUCCAGGCUAUCAAAGACGCCAGCGCCGUCAAUUCAGGCAUUAUGACCCUCCCCCUAAUCCUCGGCCUAGUCGUCGGGAGCAUCCUCGCCGGCGCAGGCGUAACAAGGUCUGGCUACUACACCCCCUUUAUGAUCCUCGCCUCCAUCCUCCUCGCGCUCGGCUCCGGCCUAAUGACAACCUUCACCCAGACAACCAACCAUAGCAAAUGGAUCGGGUACCAGGUAUGUUUCGGUCUGGGGCUAGGAAUAGGAAUGCAGCAGCCCGCGGCAGCGGCGCAGACGGUUCUGGCGCCGGCGGACGUGUCCACCGGUGUGUCCUUGGUUUUCUUUGCGCAGUAUUUUGGGGGCGCGUUGUGGGUUUCUGUUGCGAAUAAUGUUUUUGCGAAUCGGUUGGUGAGCAUUGUGGAGGGGAUUGGGGGCGUGGAUGCGCGCAGUGUUGUGGGGACUGGGGCUACGGCGGUGAGGGAGGUUGUUCCUGAAAAGGCUUUGGGGGUAGUUUUGAGAGGUUAUAAUGAGGCUGUUGUCCAGGCGUUUUAUGUUGCUGUUGCGUGUGCUUGUGCGACGGUUGUGGGGGCUUUGGGGAUGGAGUGGAGGAGUAUGAAGGCGCAGGAGGGUAAGAAGGGGGGAGGUAUUCAGAAGGAUGGAAAGGAUGGGCUCGAGAGGGAAUAGAUGAGGCUUGUUUGCUUGUUACAGGGUUAGAAUGAUAUGGCCCUUUUAGGUGGAUUAGUGGUGGAGUCAUA